UUUCGCAAAUGUUGGAAUUGUUUUCUUCCGCUGAGAUAGAAUUAUUCCCUUUAACGUCCAUUUUUACCAAUACAGGUUAGCUCAUCUCGAUUUAAUUAUUACUCCUUGUAUUUUUCUAAUUCUUAAAAAUAUAUAAACAGUAAGCUGAACAGUGAUAAUUGAUAUUUAAUUUAAAUUAUUCGAAUGACUAUGAAAUCUCUUCGAUUGUUUACAUUUCAAAAACUUUUCAUACGAAACACGAUUUCGCAGAAAAACUUUGCUUAGUUUAUUUGCGUCGGCUGAGCAGUAGGAACGUAAUUAAUUAAUUAAAAUUAUCUGGAUGACCGUCAAAUCCUUUUUAAUAGCCACUUCAAAAAAAGUCUUUGUGUACAGUGAAAUCAGAGGGAUCCUCUUUAGUGAAAUACACAAUUUUCAUGAGGGAAAGUUCACGUUCGACGUCACGUUGGCGACCCUGUCGCGAGAGUUGCCAGACUUGAUCACUUCACACUUGACCGCACUUUAGAUCGGUGAUUCGGACGGACUGACGGAGUCGACGUCUUCGUGUAACGUGCGACGUAAUGUGUUCGUGAUGCAUUCGUGAUGUUCCUCGCGUGAAUUUCGGGCACGAGCGCGGUGUGUAAGUGUGCGUGGUGGACCGCGUUUGCGGUCGUUAACGGGGGCGCCUGUUUUGGAUUCGCGUCAGUUGACGUUCAGCUGUUCGCGUUAUAAUUAGCGAGGAAAAUGUGAUUUGUCGUGAGAAAAGAAUAAACUACCCCUUCUCUUGAUUGAUCGCACAGUUUUCGAGAGAGAAAUUUCUAACAUCAAGAUAGUGUCUAUGCGCAUCUGUUUGAUUCUGUGUUGACAUACACGUACACCCACACACUUUUAUAGUAUAACCUAGAACGGACUACGGCCUUUAGAGUGAACUAGCAAGCUGCUUGCUAGUCCGAUAGAAGAUAUACAAAAUGCAAAAUUGGAACCAAUGGCAGUUGUCAGCUGGUGUUACGACCCCAGUGCCACAGCCACCAAUUGGUUACGCUGCACCAGCAACAGGCGCGGAUCCUAUGGCCCUGAUGCAAAGUUACAUGCAAUAUUAUAAUCAACCAGCGCCUAGCGGAUAUACACCAGAGCAAUGGGCAGCUGCACAACAGCAAGGGUGGGCUCAAUGGCAACAAUGGCAACAACAAUAUCAACAAUGGCAUGCGCAAUAUGGCGACAAGUAUCAGGAGAUGAAACAUUUACCAGCACAGAAUAUGAACUUGACGAGUCAAAUGCAAGUGUCUUCAAAUGUGCAACCACCACCCCUCCCCAAAGAGGAAACGCGACCACCCUUGCCCCCCGCUACCACAAAUACAUAUCAGUUUACGAGCAUGCCACCUCCGCAUCAAAACAAUCUUCCAUUAUUUCCUGCAAAAGAAUCUGCUAAUAAGAUAAUGUCACAAGCAAAUGUAACAAAUUAUCCUACAAAUCCACCGUUACCUACAACAAGCCAGCCACCUUUACCACCUGAAAUCGGCGAGAAUAGGGAGAAUAUUACAGCUGAAAAAUCCAAUAGUAAUGUAAUUAGUGAUUCCAAUAGUGCUAAAAAAAACUCAGAAGAGGAAUUGACCGAAACUGAGAAAACAUUUGAUGCACAGUUCAAACAGUGGGAAGAACAGUUUAAUAUCUGGAAGCAGCAAAACGCUAAUCAUCCAGACAAGACUCAGUAUAAACAGUACGAAGCAAAAUGGACAUCAUGGCGUGAGAAGCUGCUUGAACGGCGCGAGCAGAUGCGGAAAAAACGGGAACAACAGAAACAGGCUGCCGCGAAAGCAGAAGCUGAAAAGAACAAGAGCAUACCUGGCGACGAUAAAAUACUGAACAUCUUAUCGAACACCGAAAAUCAUCAAUUGAUCAACAAUCUGUUGGGCAUUGGAAAAAGUUUGGGUCUUACAGGGAAGCAAAAUAUUUCUGCAUCUCUACUGCCACCGCCGCCACCGCCACCACUGCCGGAAACCACAAGUUCUAGUAAUCAACCUGUGAUACAAGGAAUGCAGCAAACUCCACCGCAAGUAAACAUGAUUAGACCCGCAGUGCCGAAUUGGCCUAAUCAGCAACAAUGGGGAAAUCAACAAUACAAUCCCAGAAUGGAAGCACCGGGGUACGGUCCCGGGAUGUCGACGAUGCCCCCCCCAAUGUUUCCAGUACCGGAUGUUGGGCCAUCCCAAAUGGUCCCGCCAAAUUUUGCACAACCACAGCUGAGUCUGCCAAAUAACAUUACACCAAACUUUUCGCAACCUCCACCAAAUUUUCCCAAUAACGAUCGAAUGCAAAUGCAAAAUGUGAAAGCGCCAGGUCCAAACAUGAAAGAUUGUCCUCCGUUUGUUUCGGCUGAUUCUUCAAGUACGGAUGCGCGUUUUAUGCAUUCAAACGAUCGCCCGUCUCACAAUUUUGACGGACAGCCCAACUUCGGAAGAGGCGAUCAGGAACGUUUUGCACGAGAUGACACUAAUCCAAAUUUGCACGAACAAGAAUUCAGACCUUCCACUGAUAACUUUGACAAAGUCGACGCACAACGUUUUAGAAGAGGCGAUAGAAAUUACAAUGACUUUGGAAAUAAUCAAUUAAACUCGCAGAAUAAUUUUAAUUCAGGUAAUGAUAAUCGGUUUGGAGCAGCAAAUCGAUUCGGACCGAUGGGAAGUGAUAGAUUUGCACCAGGAGGUGAUCGAUUCGGAUCGAACGAUCGUCUUGGUCCAGGAUCUGAUCGGUUUAGCAAUGAAUGGCAGGAGGGCGAUCGAUUUAGACCUGGAAAUGAUCGGCCGGAGAUGGACAAAGAUCACCGCGGACCUGGAAAUGACCGAUUUCCAGAUAAUGAGCGAUUUGGAGCGGAACGGUUUCCACCAGGUGGAGAACAAUUUUCUGGAACUGAUCGUUUCGAAUCCAAAGAUCGUUUCUUUUCUGGUAAUGAUCGAUUUGGGCCCAAUAGCGAACAUUUUCGCCCGAACGAUCGAUUUGGUAGAGGUAACGCGGAUUAUUUUGAUUCAAAAGAUUCAGUUGAUCAUAGACGAGACAGUUUCGGUACUAACACUCGAGGUUUCACCAGAAAUCCAUCAUUCAGUCCGCCGAACGAGCUGUCGCCAGAACUGAAGAAACUCAUGGAAAAGCGAAAAGCAGCAGGGGACGUAUUUAGACCUAGUUUUGUUGAUUCCGACAAGUCAACUGUUGGUUCUCUUAGCGAAAGCUUUAAAAAGAUUACCGCUGACUCACCUUUUAGAAGCUCCUUCGAUUUUCAAAAGAAUCCACCAAAUCGUAGUGGACCGGCGAGUAGCGGAUCAUCAAGUUUUCCGUCACAUUCUUCUGAUUUAGGACAAAUUUCCACUUCAUCGUUCGGGACACGAGGUCUCCUUUUCAACCGCGAUAACGAGCCUCCUUUCAGAGGACACGUAGAAAACUUUGCUAAACAUAGCCUUAUGGAUUACAAUGAACGAGGAAGGAAUAUGGAAACGAGACCGCAUCUCAAUCAAUCCCAAAUAACAAAUAUUCAGUCUCAAGAGGCUAUUAAACAUCCUGAAAAUAUUGAAAUUAUUUGCCUUGACGCCGAUUCGUCGUUGCAAACUGAUAAAGUUGCAGAUGCAAAAGAUACAGAAGCGACGCAAGCGAAUGAGAUUAAUAUUUCUGUUGAGCAAAACGACAUCGUUACUUCUGAUGGCGUGAAGGAUAAUAAUGGAGAAGAAAAUAAAGUUACUAGUGAUGAUAAUUCUUUGCAACAAGGUGACAAGAAACAUGAUAAUCAGUUUCAAAGUAACACAGAAAUAACAGAUGAAUCUAAUAAUAAUGAUAACUGUACUAAGCAGCCUGAAAGCUUGCCCUUCAUAAGUGAAAAUGAUCCACGACCAGAGGAUUUGAAUAUGGAGCCACCACCGGAAUUGCCCAAUUUGUAUCCUAUUACUUCAGAUUCUAAUCAAAAUAUUCCACCGAAUCCGAACAAAGAUUUUCAUAGAAAGGGACCGGAUGGUAAUCAAUUCGAUAUGCGUUUUAACAAUAGCUUUGGUCCCAAAGGGAUAUCUGAUAUGCCAUUUGGACCUCGGGGAUCGCCAAUGUUUGGUCCCAGAGGUCCUCGCGCUUUUCUAACUGGCCCUCCACCAGGUUCAUUCUUACCGCAAAGUUCUAUGAAUGUACAAUUGGGUCCUCCACGAGGUCCCAAAGAUGACCAAUUUGGGCUUAAUAUAUCCAGUGACAAUCGAUUCAGUCCUAGACAGUCCAAUGAUGAGCAAUAUGGUGAUCGAGAUCGUAACAAUGAAUUACCUGAAUCUUUAAAUAGUAAGAAAUUCGACUCACCUGGUCCUACAAACGAAUCAGUUGGUCAAUUUGGACCUCGAAUGCCGAUAAAUGCAAAGUUCGGCCCAAGAGGACCCAUCGAUCGACAGUUUGGGCCAAGAGGAUUAUCCGAUUUACCAUUUUCUCUGCGAAAUCCUGGCCCAUUUGGACCCAGAGGCAACAAUAUGCAGUUUAGUCCUAGAGGAGUUAAUGAUCGUUUAGAUUCUCGAGCAAUCUCUGAAAGACCAUUUGGUCCGCGAGGGCCUAACGAUGGAUUAUUUGGUCCGCGAGGACCUAACGAUGGAUCAUUUGGUCCGCGAGGGCCCAGUGAGACGUUUUUCGGUACCAGAGGUCCUUCCGAUUUGCAAUUCAGCACUAUGGGGUCCAAUAAGUUUGGUAAAGCAAAUGACGCACCGUUUGAUAAGAGAUCUUUCGAUAAUAAUAGACCUUUUAAUUUUUCUGACGAAAAAAGUCUUGGUCCUCAACCCAAUGAAGGUCUGGCUGGUCCUCGUGGUCCUAAUGAAUCUGCUUUACUCGGUUCUUGCAGUUCGAAUGAUGCUUUGCUUCGUAAUCCGAAGAAUUUUAACGAAAGCCAACUUGAGUCUCGAGAUUCUAAUAACGAAUCCUUUGGAUUGUCGGAGUUCAAAACAAAAGGUCCAGUGAACGAUUCAGCUAAUGUGAAUUUUCCUCCGAGCGAUUCUUCGCUCAAUCGCGGCGAUUACAUGCGUAGAAACCCCUACGUUAGAAAAGGACAGUUUGAAGAUAAUGCUUUCGCUAAGAGGGCCAGGUUUGAAGGCUCAAAACCGGCUGAUGAAUACAAUAGGAAUAUCGAUGUAGAAGUGCGGAAAGAGAACGUCAGUGAAUACGUUAGACGUACACCUGAUCUCAAUAAAAAAGAAUUAGAGGCUGCACCUCGUCCAGGAUAUGGACCCAACGAUACUUGGAGGGACAAGUUCGGCAAUCCGAUUCAGAGACCCGAUGCAGAGCAGCAUAACGUCGACAGAAAUAUUUCAAACACAUUCGACGAGAAGUCUAGAACGGAAAGAGCCACGAUUGAACCAAAAAUGAGUGAUUAUAAAGCUCGAUAUGACGAAUCCGCGGGUGGUUCUGACCUCCAAUCGAAGUAUACCUCUAAUUUACUCAUGAAACGUUCGAAGAAUGAUCAAGAAUUUUGCGUGCAGAGACAGUUUAAUUAUAAUCACGGCGAAGGUGAUAAGAAAUUCAUUGACUCACUUAAUUUCACUCCGACAAAGGUGAUCGAUUACGGGCACGCGUCUCGUCCUCCGGUUAUAGAUCAGCAACUGUCAACAGUCCAGUGUUUUGACUACGGUCACGGGAAGGUAAAACCGACAUUGGAUCGCGAACAGCAUCGUUAUCCGAAGAGAGAUUUUAGAAAUUGGGUGGAGAACGAGCAGAAUUUGAAGGAAUACACUGACAAGAUGAGUAACUACGAGAAUACGAAGGGAUAUGCCAGAAAAACGCGGAAUUACGGGAUGAAUUUCGAUAUGCGCAAAUCAGUGGACUAUAAUAAACGAAAGGAAUAUGAUUGGCAGUCGAAUAAUGAUAAGAGAACCGAUGGAGAGAAGAAAGAGAACGAUGAUUAUAAAGAAAAAGGAUAUAAUCCUGAAUCAGAAUCUCGAAUUUUUGAACGAAAUAUUGAUUAUGAUCAGAACGACCGAUAUCAAAAUGAUAGAAACAUUCAUAAAGAUAUAGAGCGGGUUCAAGAAACACGUGAUAGUUUUCGAAAGGAAAUGAAUAAAGAUAUUGACAAAGAUGAUAAUAGAUUGAAAGGAAAUGUUAACUGGCAGGAGAAUGCAAACAAAAACAUCGUAGAUAUAAAGCUACAAGAGACCAGCCUUCCUCCAGACACAAAGAAAAAUGUGGAGUCAACUACGAAAACCCUGGAAUUGGCAAAAAUGCCAAAUUAUACGAUGGUCGAUGACUUAUUGUGCCCACCAGGUCGCCAGAACAGACCACCAAAAAUAGCUAUCAUUCUCAGAGGACCUCCCGGAAGCGGCAAGUCUUUCGUGGCUAAACUUAUCAAGGAUAAAGAAGUCGAGCAAGGUGGUUCUGCGCCGAGAAUAUUGAGUUUAGAUGAUUACUUCCUGGUUGAAAAGGAAAUAGAGACUAAGGACGAUAAUGGAAAGAAAGUCACAGUUAAGGUAUACGUAUGCGAAAUGGAGAUGGAUCUGCAGAUAUGCUUGAAGAGAAAUAUUCAUAAUCGUACCGAGGAUGAAAUUAAUCGGAUUAUAGAUUACUUCGAACCAACGCCCAGCUACCAUCAGAAGCUAGAUGUAAACUCGAUGCUACAAGAACAAGCAAUAGAAGAGGUGGAUAUGGAGGAUAGUCAAGAGACGCAGGAGAAAUCUGCCAUGCAAACUGAAGAUAGUCAAGAUAGCCAGGAAGAUAUUCAGGAUGCAAUUGGUGUUAGUAAAUGGGAGAGAAUGGAAGCUGAAGAUAAACUAGAUCGAUUGGACGGUUUGGCAAAGAGGAAAAACGAGGCAAAACCACAAACUAUGGAAGAUUUCCUACAAGUUCCCGAUUACUACAAUAUGGAAGAUACGUCUGGUAAAAAACGAGUACGUUGGGCCGAUUUAGAAGAGCGUAAAGAGCAAGAAAAAAUGCGUGCAGUCGGAUUCGUUGUUGGGCAUACUAACUGGGAUCGAAUGAUGGAUCCUACGAAGGGUGGAAGCGCCUUAACACGCACAAAGUUUUUUUCGCUGUCAUAGAACGAUCGAUAAUUUAAUGUGAGUCAUUAAAAUGAGAAGUGCUGACGUUCAACUGAUUGGUAUACCUUGUUGUUUUAUUGUUCAAAGCACUGCAGUAUGUAAAAAUAUAUUAAUAUUUAAUUAUUUUAAACUAUUCAUAUUAUUUAAGAUUUACAGAAUUAUAAGAUAGUUACUAAAACAUUAAGAUUAUGAACCUUGUACAUAAAAUGUGUAUCGUAAAAUAAGAUCUGUACACUAGGAAAAAGUGUAUGCAGUAGAAUUAUAUAUGAAGAUUGAUAUAAUAAAAACACAUUUACUUCACUUAUAAUAA